UGUCUGCAGUUAAUCACAUUAUCCAAGAUGGCGUCGUCGGCUUUGACAAUGCUGUCAAUGACCAUUGGGUUUUUCUUUAUUUUAAUGGGAACUAUGAAGCUUACUCCCGCAGUGAACGAAGAAGUACACAGAGAACUCAGGAAGAUGUUUAUCAGAGAUGCCAAAGUCUUUCCACUUUCCACCUUGACUGGUUGGAAACCCAAUGCUCACAUGUAUCGCAAAGUAGUGGGAGGUCUAGAGGUUGUAUGUGGAAUUAUGCUAGCUAUAUUGCCAGGUCCAGUGAAACAAAUCUCUAAUGUUGUGCUGCUACUGCUUAUGCUUGUUUCUGUCUACACCACUUUGGCCAAAGGAGAGAAAAUGGAUCGUGCCACACCAUCUAUUGUGUUUGGACUGCUAUUAGGAUGCAGACUAUUUAUUUACUAUCAGGUUAGAAAUAGAGAAGAAAAGGAUGCCAAAGAAAUUGCCAAACUAAAAGCUGAAUUAGAAAUGGAAGAUGAUGAAAUUGAAGAGUUGGAAGAGUCAGAAAAGAAAACACAAUGAUUGGUCUUUUUCUUUUAUGCAGCCUUUAAAUUGAAAGUAUUAUAUUGAAAGAAUAUAGGGAUACAAAAUGAAUCUCAAGUUGAUGUAUCAGAAUAAAUUGUUUUCCAUAUAACUGUAGCUUGAAGAGUUUUCACUGGAAAGGAGAAUUGUUACCCUUCAAUUUUUAUAAAUAUUUUUGAGAAUGCUGGUGGUAUAUAUUUUGAGGGCCUUAUUUUGAACAUUCUAAACUGUUCAUCUUCCAGAAGUAUAUUCAGUUAGAAUUUUCUAAUUAUUUUGAAAAACAAUUUAGUCUGUGUAAUUAUUUUAAAGUCCACUGGUAUUUUGAACCCCAGGAUCUAAGAAUCUACUGACUCAAAGCAGAAAAAGUGACACGUAACUGAACAGGUUUACAUGAUUUUAUUACAGGCCUGGCUUAAAUUUUUCUGAUAUUUGGCCAGUGGUAAUGCCACAGACGGGUCUUUUGUGAUGUCUGAUUAUGAUGUAGAUGUAUGGCAAUAAUCACUGAUAUUAAUGCACAAAUAGAUAAAAAGCAAAUUUGAUAUUUUUGGAUUAUCGGCUUUAUGUUGUUUUUUAUAUUUAGGUUAGAAUUAACUUAUGAUUUCAAAACAUCUUCCAAGUUAUAAUUAGUUCAUUUCUUUUUUUAUUCAUCCCUGACACCAGAUUUAUGGCCAAUGAAAUAUGAAAGGACCUUUGUUUUACACCCUCCUUGUUAUGCCUUACAUUUUUAAUAUAGAGAAAUUUUAAAGUCCAUUUUGUGUAACUGUUUUCAUUUCUUUUACGUAGUGCUGCUAGUCUUGGUUCUCGUUUAUAAAUGCGAUUGAAAGAUAUAAGUUCCUUGUUGAGAUAGAUGUGUGCGACUGACAUUUAAGAUAAUAAUUUUCGAUAUUCAGGAAAGUGAAUAGAUUUUAUUGUUGAAAAAUAUAUCUGUUUCAUGUAUAAUGUAUUUCUCUGUAGCACAGAACUUGUAGUCCAGUUUUCUGAAAUAAAAAAAAAAUGUAAAUGUAAUAGAUAGUUUCAGAAGCUUCAAAAUGUGUUUGCACAUUCAAGUUGGUACUACUUAGAUGUUUUCAUUAUGUAAUUGCUAGCACCAAAGGCUUCCUGUUUGGUUAAGCUGAAGUUGUCUUGUUAAAUUCAGUUAAUGAAUUGAAUUGUAGUAUGGACACAUGCACCAACCAUAUGGUAUGCUGUAGACAAUAUUGUCUAACUUUGUAUUGAUUUGUCUGUAUUAUACUCUU